UGAGAGAAGAAAUUAGCAGUAGUAGUAGAAUUUUACAAAUGGAAAUGGAAUCAACUCCAGAGAGUAGAUAUAGCGUUGCGGAUUGUAAAUACGCACGUAAACACAAGAGAAGAAGGAAAAUAUGCAUGCUCGUUCUAUGCGCCCAUAUUAUUCUGGUUAUAACCUUUGCCAUCUUGAAUUUCACUGUUUUGAGACCCAAGCGUCCUGUUGUCACGCUCGAUUCCUUGACUCUCAAGGACCUGACCGUGUCUAUCGACGCGGCCAGGUUCAAGGUAUUCCUUAACAUUACCAUGAGCGGCGACCUCUCCAUUUACAAUCCUAACAGGGUUAGUUUCCAAUACGAAGACAUCAACCCUUAUAUCGAGUACAGAGGUGAAGAGUUCGGAGAUGUUCACGUCCCGGCGGGGAAGAUUGGGUCCCGAACCACGACAGCUAUUAACUUUGUGCUGAUAAUAAUGGCGGAUCGGCUAUCUUCGGAUCCCAAUUUGUAUUCGGACGUGGUUGAAAAAGGAAUAUUGCCGCUCAAUAUUUACGUGAAACUGAAGGGCAAAGUAAAACUAAAUGUACUGUUCAAAGUAAAGGUGAAAGUUUCCACCAAAUGCGAUCUAUCACUGGAUAUACACACGGCAAGUCUUGCCAACCAAUCCUGUCAGUCUAAGACUAAGUUAUAAUAGCUCGGAUGUGAAUCGAUACAAAUUCAGUGACACUAUAUACUAGCAGUAAAAAGUAGUACUCAUACAUUUUUUUUAUUAGUCUUGUUAAAAAAAUGAUAUAUUGCUAUUUUAUUUUAGUCAUUUUAUCAUUAA